CUGCGCCCCCGAGUCCAACGGAGUCCAUCACUCUCGCCGCCCCCCUGAUCGGCUCCGGUGGCGAUCCGCCUGCCGCGCGGCCGCCGCGAUGCACGACCCGUCGGAGAUCCGCAACCUCCCCAUCGACAUCGCCUUCGGCCGCCUCCAGGAGUGGCUCGUCGACCGCAAGCGGGUGCCGCAGGACUGGCGGAAGCGCCUCGCCGGCAUCCGCGCCCGGAUCGCCGCGGCCUUCCCGUCCCUUCCACGGGACCUGCACCCCUCGCUCCUCGGCCUCGAGCCCGAAGAAAUCGGGUAUCUUGAAGCGAAGAAGAUAUACAGCAUCCUACUGGACUCCAACACGGAGAGCCGCAACAUAUUUGGCCGCCUGACGGGAUCCGCGGGUGAAUGGGAGUCCAUUGUGAAAGCUUACGAGAAGGACCAUGUCUUCCUUGGAGAGGCGGCACAGAUCAUGGUUCAGAAUGUGAACUACGACAUUCCAUACCAGAGAAAGCAGAUGCAGAAGACUCAGCAGCAGCUUGCUGAGCUCGAUCGAAGGGAGGCUGACAUUAAGCGUCUCGCAGCUAUGUCAGCUACUAGAUAUGUAGAAGCUUGCCAGGAGCUUGGUUUGCAGGGAGUAAAUGUGCGGGAAGAACUAAUAGAGUCUGCAAAGACACUUCCAUCUACAUUUAGCAAAAUCUUGGAAGUGCUGAACAGUGACCCUGUCUCAAAGGCCAUUGAGCACUACACAGCUUUUGUUAGAGACUGCCAUUCUGAGGACAAGGGAAAUUGUGAUUCUGUGCUGCACAAUCUGAAAAAGUUGCAGGAAAGUCCUCCUUCUCUCAAUGUCUCAGUAUAUAAUGAGGUCGAAAGUUCUACUGGGGAGGCAUUGAAAUCUCAUGGGUCUGUGGAACAAAUUGACUCCAAUGUUCCUGCAGAAGAUAUUGAUUGGGACAUUUCUGUGGAUGCCAAUGAAAUUGAUUGGGAUAUUGGUGCUGUUGAACAACCAGUUGAAGAAUCUGGUGACGGUUUUGGAUCAUAUGAAAUCAUUGAUGCUAACAUAGAGCUGGCAGGUUCUGAAAAUUAUAAUGUUAGUGUCUCGGACAACCCAUCUUUGAACAAAGAGGGUCUUUCUUCAUCUGGGUCUGGGAUUUGCUGGGACAUCACCGCUGAUGAUUCUGAAGAAAGUGUGCAUCAUAAUGCUAAUAUUCAGAAUGCUCCAAUUUUAUCUGAAGAUAGAAGUCGUUUGCUGGAGAAGGAAUACAGGAAUGAUAUUCUAGAUGAUUUACUUGAGGUAAAAUCAUUUUUGACUCAACGCUUAGGGGAGAUGAGGAAUGGUGAUACAUCAUCUCUACAGCAUCAAGUGCAAGCUGUCUCACCUUUUGUUCUCCAGCAGUAUGCUCCUGAUAGUUUGGAGAAUAUGCUUGUAGAGGUUUCUUCAGCAAUCUCAUUGCUCACUAACCAGAAGACUCUUGACCUUAUAAUGAUCCUUAACUCUAAAAGGUUUCUAGACAGAUUAGUUUCUACUUUAGAAGAGAAGAAGCAUCAUGAGGUAAAACUACGGGAAGGUUUAGGUGAUUUAUCCGUUAAGCGCAUGGAGCUGCAGAAUGCGCUGUCGUCAUCAUGGCCGAAGCAAGAGGCUGCAAUUACAAAAACAAGAGAACUAAAGAAGCUGUGUGAGGCAACACUAUCAUCUGUUUUUGAUGGCAGGCCGGUGCAUAUAAUUGGAGAGAUCAAUACUUUGCUGAGCUCAAGUGUUAGUCAAUUAGCUGGAUGACUGUAUUUUUUGUUCUUGGAUCAAAUAAGAUUGAGAUCGUAAGGUUAUUAUCUCGUGGUAUAUACUUCUGAAAUUUAGAUUUCCUGCUCAUGUUGCUCGAUAUUUUCUGAAAAUGCAUAUGUAUGAGUUUGACUUAAAUUAUCAGAUUCACCAUAUGGAUACAGUUAAGCGACGAAGAAAGUAAUGUAUGAUUACCAAAGGUUUCAUUUCUCAACGAAUGAUGUUUCAA